AUGAACAGAACAAGUCCACCCAGUCUCUUUGAUCUUGCAAAGAUGAACCUUCUACAGAAUGAGAUGUUGACUAUCGAGGCUCUGCAGUCUCUGCCCAGGGAAAUCUUCCUACCUCUGUUCAUCUCUGCAGUUGAAAAGGAACAGAGUCACAUAUCUGCACUGGAUGGGUUAGAUGGCCUGCUUGCCAAAAACAUUCGAACUAGGAGAUGGAAACUGAAAGUACUGGAUUUAUCCAACAAGUGGAAUGUGGGUGAUUCAAGGAUCAGGAAGAGGAAGAAGCAGCCCUUGGCCCCUGUGGUGGUGAUCACAAACCUGUGCCUCAUGGAAGACUUCCCUGACAAAAUCUUCACCUUCCUCAGAAACAGAGUGAAGCAGAAAAAAUGUCUGCCACAUCUUUGUUGUGAGAAACUGAAUAUUGCUCAAAUGUCAUUAGAAAGUAUUAAGGAGAUCCUGAAAACGGUACAGCUGGAUUAUGUCCAGGAGGUUGGAGUUAAUUGCACCUGGGAAUUGCCCAUGCUGGCCAGAUUUGCUUCUUUCCUUGGUCAAAUGGUUAAUUUGAGCAAGUUUCAUCUAUCUCACAACCGAAUGAUUUCCUGCAUUUCUCAGGAGGCAAGGGGCAUACUAAUUGCCACAAUUACCUCUCAGUUUGUCAAACUGAAUCAACUCCAAGAGCUCCACCUGAAGUCUGUCCUCUUCUUGGAAGGAUUCCUGCACCAGUUACUCAGGAGCUUGAAGACUCCCUUGAAGACCCUUUGGAUCAUUAAUUGUGCUCUUUCAAUAUCUGACCUGACAUAUUUCUCCUUGUGUCCAAGCACCAACUACUUAAGGAAGUUAUGCUUGAACGACGUCAAACUGACUGACUUACAUCCUGAGUGCCUUCAAGUCCUAUUGGAGAGAGUCUCAGGCACAAUCCAGCAUCUAGAUCUAGAUAACUGUGGGGUCACAGACUCUCAGGUCACUGCCAUCCUGCCUGCCCUGGGCCACUGUUCCCAACUCAAGACCUUGUGCUUCUGUGGAAACCUAGUCUCCAUGACUGUCUUGGAAAACCUUCUACGACACACUGUUCCACUGGACAACUUCACAUGUGGGCUGUUCCCAAUUCCUCUGGAGUGUUAUUUGGAAACUACAAGUCCUCAUAACUUUAGAAAUAUUCAAAGAUAUAUUGAGAACCUAAGACUUAUACUACUGGAGUUGGGGAGGCCAAGAACAAUUUUAUUCAGUUCUACCUGUUUAGACUGUGGUGUCACAGAAUAUUUUGAUCCAUAG